AGUUCGAUACUUCGAUUUGGUUGGCCGAUGGUUUUAUCCAUUAUUUGAAUUAUUCGCAAAAAAAUUGUUAUAUAUGGCCAUUAAUAAUAAAGAUCUUGAUGAUCAAGAAUUGAGGAAUGGAAGAUUGUGACUGGAGUGAUUUGCCUUCUAUUAAAUACAGUUAUAAUACAGACAGUUCUCCUCCAGACGACAAUGAAAAGAAUACGAAUCUAGUACUCAUGGGACAACAUGAGGAUGAAAACUAUAGCAGUGACAACAAAGAGGAAAACGAACCUGAGAGGGCAGCACCACAAACACAAGAAAAAGAGUCAUGUCCAAUUUGUCUGAGUUCAUUUGAAGACAGAUCAUUUCUUGACCAAUGUUUUCAUGCAUUUUGCUUCUCUUGUAUCUUACAAUGGUGCGAGGUUGCUCAAACCUGUCCAUUGUGUAAGACAGGAUUUGCCUCUGUUAUUCACAAUGUCAAGUCGAUGCAAGAUUAUGAGCAGUAUAUUGUUGAGAAAAAGAAGGGAAAUCAACAAACUUGUAAUGAAAGUAAUGAAACAAGUAAUGAAAGCUUCCAGUCUUAUGAUGAACAUGGAUUUAAUGAACAUGGUGAGAGAUUUCGGUACCGGACGACCAGAUCUUUGAGGAGUAACAGUGGAAAUGGCAAUGCUCGAUUCCGUGCACAAAAUUCGGAAAGACGGGUUAGGGCGCGUGAAGCGAGAGCAAGACUAAGACGAAGAUCACGCUCAAGACAAUCCACAACAAGAAUAAGAGGAAUUGAAAAAAGAAGGCAAGUGUAUGCUUUCAAGUUACGAGCAACAUCCACUGGCGUACGACGGAGCCGAGAAAUCUGUAAAUAUAUCAAACAACUAGUGUGGCCCUUGUGCUGGAUUCAUAUAGAGUACGAAGACAACGACAAAUAUUCAUCAUUACUUUUUGUUUCAGCUUGCCAGUUUUUUAAAACGUAUCAAGGAUGUACCCACCGGCUUAUUCCUUGGCUUGCAAGAGAUUUGAGAGUUUUGCUGGGAGACAAUGAAAAAGAAGUCAACUUCCUGGUGGAAUUCAUUCUUUCCUUGAUAACAAGGAUCGAUAUGGACAGUCCAUUGCUUGUGGAAGAGCUGAAGCCAUUUCUUCUUGAAACAACGGAUCACUUUGUUCACGAACUUUUAUCGUUUGCAAAAGCUCCAUUCGACAUUGUCGCGUAUGACGAUUUUGUUGUUUAUCCGUGGCCAGAGGAAGGUUCCCGCGCUGAAAACCCUCAUGGUCGAGACAAUGUGAACGAGGUGAAUGAAUUAGAUUCUUCAGGCCGAACAGCCCCACAAAGCUCUUCAUUCUCUCGAUGCCCGUGGAAUGACACUCCUGCAGGUGAACAGCAGUCUGCGCGUGUGUGCGAUAGCCCCAUGCAAAGCGGUGAAUCUCCUUGGCGCGUUGUAGGACCCGAAGUUAUCGUGAUUACUGACUCUACCGAAAGUCCUGAUAGAAUUAGUAAAGAACGACGAAAUCCCACCCCGGAACAUUCACAGGAUAAUGAAAGAUAUAUUCUACAAAGUAAAAGUUUUGGGCUUGGCCAUUCAAGUCAAGAGGAUCAAGUUUCCACAACGCAUGAAAUUCUGUGCAAGACUAGAGCCGUACGAGGGGACAGCGGUGCGUUUAGAGAAGAGUUACCUACCCAAAAAAUGAACAAAGAGAGUAAAGAUUUUGUACACCGGCACAUACAUAAACACAAGCAUAAACAUAGACAUGAACACAAGCAUAGACGCAGGAAGACGAAUAGCAAUCUCAAAGCAUACCCAGAGCAUACUUCAUCUGCAACUAAAACCCGAGCUGCUUGUAGUGAAACUGUUAGAAAAGUUCAUUCACCAAAACUGGAAGAUAUGCAGAAAGAAGUUGAGGAAUUAAACGUUUUAAUACAAGAACAUGAGGAAAAACUUUCAAAUUUAGAGAGAGAGGAACAGAAAGAUGACUGAACUGAGCGUUAUAUAUAUACUUAUUAACAUGUGAAUACUUUGUAGCAUAUAGUUGGGCUGAAAUCGAAAAUGCCAGUUUCUAUUAUUUAAAAUUGUUUUGUUUUGAAAAGUUUGCAAGAAGGUGAUUUAUUAAGCUUGUAAUGUGAACUCAAGUUGAUUUUACCGUUAUCAAAUUAUAGUCAAAUUAUUUGUCUUUUUUGUAUUUAUAAAUUGUCAGUGCACACAUACACACAUACCCACAAGUCAAACAUUUUCAAUCCACAAAACUGAGGGAAGCCAAAGUAGAACACGAGAUAUGACACAAAUAUAAUCUUUAUUAGAUCAAAGGUAACCAAUAUGGUUAAA